AUGGCUGAGCUCGAGAACAACAUUGGGUUCUGGGGUGGCAUGGCCUUGCUGAUUAGUUCUAUCACUGGACCUGGGUUGACUACAAUUCCACUCCUAUUUCAACAGGCAGGAUGGGUGACCCCUACAAUCACCUUCCUUCUAUUCAGCGUCGUGUCGUGUUUGGCUUCCCUCUUCUUGAUUGAAACAAUGUCCACGAUUCGCGGCAAUGAGUCGUUCCAGGCAAACGUCGAAUUCAGCACCGUCGCACAUCUGUACCUAGGAAAAAGGGCACAUAUCGGUAUGCAGGUGAUGUUAUUCUUAGCAUUGCAAAGUGUAAAUAUUUCUAGCAUCAUAAUAUCAAAUCAGACUAUGGAUUCUAUCCUCAUCCGUCUCUUCCACAAGACUUGCGCCGUUAGUUUCAUCGAGGGCUGGGUUUGUGCGACCGAGGUUACUUCCUCGGGUUCUCCUUUUGAUACGUAUAUAUUAUUCUCCUUUGGGUAUCUCAUUUCCGCAGCUAUGGUUCUCCCCCUCUCGGUGAUGAGUCUGGUGCAAAACAUCAAGUUUCAGAUUGCUUCUGUUGCAACAUUAUUCUUUGUCAUCAUUGUGUGGAUAUACAUUUUCGCCAAACACGGGCUAGAACAAACAGUGCCACCAGUCGGGAACGAUCAGAGCACUCUUAUAGGAUUCGUGCUUGGUAAUUUCGCAUUUAUUACUACGAUCCCGUCAUUCAUCAACGAGCUAUCUCGGACAGUCUCGAUCCAUAAGACUAUCGUUUAUCCAAUAAUCGUCUGUGUAAUCUUAUACGUUAUCAUUGGUUUGACCGGGGCUUCGAGUUUCGCUAUUAACGACUCCUCUACUCUUCUCGCUACUCUGAGCGCCUCAAAUGAGAGCAGAGUACUAACCACAAUUACCGACAUUUUGUUUCCAGUUUCUGUUUUGGUGACAUCGGUACCAGUAUUUAGCAUCGUAAUACGAUACAAUCUGGUUCGAGGCAAUCUUUGCUCCAAUCGUUAUGCAAUACUGUGGGCCAGUGUGUUGCCAUGGCUCAUUAUAAUCCCACUCCAGACGAAGGGGUUCCUAGUUAUAAUUAUGAACUGGGCAUCUUUGAUCUUUGGCUCUACCACCAAUUUCAUUAUACCACUUGUACUCUAUAUCUCGUCGAAGGUUUACUCCGCAAGCACAUCAGAUGCUACAGGAGGUGAUGUAUUUAUUCUUCAUAGCGAGGAUACCUCAGCCUCAACACAAUCACCUCGACGGUCCCAUCAAACUGCAAAUUCUCGAAUAGUGCCCGAACUUCUGACGUUUCCACCGGCGGAAAACACCCAACUACCAGCGCGCGAAAUGGCCACUGCCCCUAUUGUUACCCUGAAUGAACCUUCAGAUUCGCGGCGUAGUAGCAUCUUGACGAACGAGCCUUCCGAUUUUAAGAAACCCGGGACUCUGGAGACUGGGGAAGUAGAGCUAGAAGAAUUUGGAGCAGGCAGCUCCUCAUCAAUGCCCCUUCGGGUGGUUUACUCUCCAACUGUCUCGAGAAGACCCACUGUUGGCUCAUCAUCCCAUAGCGCGCGGCCUUCGUUUUCAGAUCUAGCCGUGGUCGAGAAUGACCACGAAGGGGAGAAAGCGCCGUCUCCAACAACAGCGGUCUCCUUAGAGGUAGCUUUUGGCCAAGAAAACCAACCCGUGAGAAGGAGGAGUUCGACUUCAGCCACUGCUAAUACGACAAGUCAACAUUUGAGCACGCCUGCUUGGCUUCUUCCCUCGCCCAGAACUUCCAACCACCAUAGUCGAAGAAAUAGUCGCAACAGUGCAUCCUUAGAGGCUAAUCUGUCUGAGAUACCGCCUACAGCUACUCAUUUUGUAGCUCUUCCGAACAGAAGAUGGUUGAAGUCGAUAGUUAUUGCCAAGAUUUGUCUGAUAAUUGUGAGUUGUUGUGUGGUUGGCAAUAUAGUAUAUUCGUAA